CUAUGUUUGGUGGCCAGAAGCCGUGCUAGAACUCUGAUUAACAGUAUGUUAUCAAGACUAAUAUAAACUUGGCUCCAUCUUGUGCUAUUAGCUAGCACUAUGGUGUGGUUUUAGGCUGUGUAUAGCGCAACAGACUUUGAUAAAAUUAUGCAGAUGCCCCUGUUAGCAAUGAAGAUCAAACCCUUAUUGAGAUCAACAGAAGACGCAUAUGAAAAGAAGCUAGUGAUUACCAUAAUCCAAGGCUACGCGCUCCGGGAAUAGACAAUGAUGUUCAGCCUUGUGUAUAAUUAUGCAUAUUUAGUUAAAGUUCUGAUCCCAUUUGUAUGAGGUACUGGCCUGCAGGAGAAGGACCGAGAAAAAUCGAACGUCCUGUUCUUCAGGGCCUGCUACUAGCAUACCAUUUGGUACUGGAGAUAUACGGGCAAAACUUGCAGACCUGUCAUUGGUAACACGUGACAUAAAAUAGUCGCACGCAAGAGAAACAGGUGGUCAAGGAUGAAUGUGAGGUUGUAAGGUUGCACAGCAAAAGCAAGAAGUGACAAUAAGAUAAGUGAAGACUAUGUUUUAAAAUGUCCAUCAGGAUAAGCUCCCGUAAAACUUCAAGUUCAGCACCAAUCGUCAUUAGGCCAUCUCGGCCUAAGUACACCAGUGACGAUGAGGAUAGAGAUGUGAACACAAAAUCAUCAAAUGACACUGAGGAGGAGACUUUGUCGUCAUGGAAACAAGCUGACUCUAAAAAGGAUGAUGAUUACGAAGAAGAUUUUAAUGAAAGAAACAAUAACAAAACAACAGACUAUUCAAAUGAACCAGAAAGGGAUGAUUCAAACAGAGAUGUUGAUAAAGAUGAAGUGUACCAGAAUGGUGACACAGAGGUGGACCAGUCCGCGGACAGUGACAAAAAGAUCCCACCUGCUGCACCACCAAAACCUGCACCAAAAAUGACCAUUGCGCCAACGAAAGUGGCACCUGCUUUGCUGCAUAAGAGAGAGAAACAAUGGCCCCCACCGGCACCAAAGACGUACGAUGCGUUUGCGGUGGAGGGGCAUGGGCGCAUGAACCCAUACACCAAAGAAUUCAUAAAAGAUGAGGAGGAGAUUGAAGAAGAAGAGGUAGAUAAGAGGUUGGAGAUAGAUGAAGGCCAUACGGCACCUGUGAAACAAUUGCGAAAAAAUUGGCAAGGAAGAAAGGACGGCCCGAUGCUGGGUGUGCAGAGGCCGGCCGCAACUAUAAAGGGAGAAACUGCAUGGAUAAAGCAUGUGAAACCAGAGAUAGAAUAUGAGGAGCCUCCGAAAGAGCCGGAAUGGUUGCAAUUGGUGCGUAACAGAAGAUGGAAUUCGACAGUAAAAGCCAGAUUCCCUUGUAAUACAGAUGAUAUUGUUGAGUUUGAAAGGAGAUCAACAACACCAAAGAACUGGAAGCGAUUGUUGCUAGAUAAAAAAGCCGUGCGCACAAUUGGACAGAUUACAGGAAUUGGAGCUGAGGGCGAAGAGCUGUUGUGGCGUCUGGCGAAGCAGAGAGGGAAAAUCGAGGAAACCAAAGAGAUACCCAUACCAGGGGAAAAGGACAUUUUAGCGUAUGAAUACAUCAAGGGCAAUCUUGAGGCAGCUGUUGCCGAGGCUGCUAUCCAUGGAAUGGAAGGAAGCGAGGCAGGAGACACGGAGUCAUUGUUGGACGAGCUAGUCAAGCCUGCAUCAUCUGACCGCAAGGCAAGUUCAACAUCAUCAGCUCCCGUGUCAGCGGCAACGAUUCGCCAGAGGCUGCUCAGGCUUCAUCCGGAAGAAUUCAAGAAACUGCUUGCUCUGGACCGGGCACGUGAUGCCCACCUUCGCUGGCAAUUCUCCACAGACCCGUAUGACUCAGUUCACGAGCAUCAGCUUCAGCCGUUUGAGAUUGCCUUGCUAGCCGGCGAAAGGGAAAGCAGACUGCGAUACUUGCUUAAAAAGCUGCUCCGGACAGAAGACAUGACAAUGUCCUCCCAUUCAUCAGGAACAUCUACACCGGUUUUUGGCAAGCCAAGAGGCCGGUCUUUGCCCGGUAGCAGCUACACGUCUGAUCAAGAAAGCGAUUCUGGGUCUUCAGUUUCCAGUCAAAGGAAAUCCAGGGCGAAGAAGAAGCCCCCGGUACCACUUCCAAGAAAAGGUAGAUCGGUGAGCCCAGCAGCAAAGGAUGAAGACAGAGAGGUUCUGCAUGGCUUUUUAGGUCCGGAAGAGGAGCAAAUAACAUCAGAAUUAAAAAGACUUGAAGAGAUGGCCAAAGGAAUAGGGUUGCCCAAAGAAAUUUCAGAUCUGUUGAAAGAAAGUGUUGGAAAACAACCCAAAUCAAGAGAGAGACCUGAAGAUUCAAUUUCAACGGGUCUUGGAGAUCGCAUGAGAAAUUUUGCGACAGAUCCUAAAACGAAUAAAGUUGUGUCUUCAGCAAAUGAAAAAGAAGUGCCAAGUAAUGAGAUUAAGCGUUCGCUUGAAGAUAGGAAGUUGAGUUUCUUUGGCCAAGCAGAGAAAGCAAAGAGCUACAAGAAAGAGGAAAGUGAAUUGGAUGACACUGACGGUGCAAAAGCAUCUGAGAUUGACAUGGAAGAAAUUUCUUCAAGACGUAAGAAGUUCCAAAGCCAAGAGCGGGAGGCACAGAAUGUCAGCAAAGUUCCAGAGAAAAGCAAGGCCAGACACAAGGUUCAACGCAUCAAAAGUGAUGCUGAGUUAUAUGCAGUGCUCUCUAAACGUCGCAUGGCAACUGAUGACGAAGACACUGCAACGGAAGAGCCAUCAAGUGAGAUGAAAGGAAUUAUUGAUGACAUCACAAAUACAUUUGGUAGUGGAGAAAAGCAGUCGAGUAAAGGGAGGAGAAAGCCUCGUUACCAAAGCAGUGAAGACAGCGAGGCAAAUGUAAUUGAAGAGAAGGAAGAAAUAGAUGAAGAAGAUGAUGAUGUUGAUGAUGAAGACGAGGCACCCAGGCGUAGAUCUAGAAGAGAGGCAAAGGCAGACAAUGGUAGGCAGGCCAGGCAGAGAGCUCGUAAAUGGUCGGAGAGUGAAAAUUCUGAAGAAGAAGAAGAUGGAAGGGUAAAAAAUUUUGCCGAUCAGAGAAUCAGGGUAAAAGCGAAAGGCCGUCAUGCUGCAACUAGAAACCCUGUCAAGCAACUUCAAGAUCGCGGAGACCUCAGGUCGGAUACCGAUGAGUAUUUGUCAGUUGGAUCAACAAGUUCACAUCAUGAGGUUAAGCUGGUUGGAAGGAAUCAGAUCAUAGCAACUGGCAAGAGGCAAGAAAGAGAUGAUUUGGCGGAUGAUGCAAGGAAGGGCUUGGAAAGUAAAGAAGACCUCAAAGGAGCUUCGAAAGGACUCAAGCGAACAUCAAAAGACAAAUCAGGGAUUAGUAAGGAGAGGAUAAAUCCGUAUGAUGGUGUAAAACCGGUUAUGCUUCUGCAAGUCAAGGGUGCAAGAAAUGUACAAACCAGGUUGGUGGAACCGAGUGUUGCGUCUAUGAAUAGCGGUGACGUAUUUAUUUUGGUCACGCCACAACUGGUUCACCAAUGGAAUGGAAAGUUUUGCAGCAUUAUGGAGAAAGCAAGGGGCACCGAAAUAACAAGUGUUAUCCAACAGUGGAAAGAAAUGAACUGUGAGGCAGAUACGAUAAAUGUAAUGGAUCAAUCAAAAGAGCGAGACAGUAGGACAACAAGAGCUUUCUGGAAUGCCCUUGGAGGAAAAGAUAAGAUUCAAAGCAAGGAUGAUGUUCUUGAUGAUGCUGAUUACGAGAAAGGCAUUCUGGAAUCAACAAAAAUUUAUGAAGUGGAAUUAGAUGAAGAUGAAAAUGCAGAAUUAGUAUUACUUGAUGAGUAUAGUGGGAAAGUUCCUUCUAAGAAAUGGUUGUCCAGUGAAAAGGCCUAUGUUCUGGACUUUGGUACAGAAGUGUACACAUGGAUUGGAAGAGAAUGCAAAGGCAGUAUGAGGAAAAAGCCAAUCGAUUUAGGUCUUGAAGUUUUUGAAGAGGGGUUCAAAACCUCAUCAUCAGUCAGUCCAUUAUUCCCGAAUGAAGAAAACCCAAAGAUGAGGAGAAGUGUGCCUAGGCCAGAAUGGGCUGUGUUUGGAAAGAUGACUGAGAAAUCUGAAAAUGUCUUAUUUAGGAGGAAAUUUUACGAUUGGCCUGAUCCUGUGGACUUGAAGCCAAAAACUGCUGAAAGCAAGGUUCACGAACAGCUUACAAGAGAUUUAAGUGACUAUCAACCCGCUGUGGAACUAGAACCAAUUGAUGGCAAGAAGAUGGUGAACGUUGCUGAUGGACCUGUUAUGAUUGUUAAUGAUAUGUUAAUUGAAAGAGGCAAAGGCGGAAAAGACCCGGAAACACUCUUCAAGUAUGCUGUGCAGACAAAUGAGAUAAAAGUUUGGAGAAUCGUAGAGAAAAUCUCAACAAAAGUGCCAGAAGAAGAAUUCGGGUUCUUCUUUGCUGCAGAAUCUUACAUUGUUCGUUGGAGCUUCCAAUACAUGAGAACAGGUAUUCGCAAUAUAAAAGGUGGAAAAUCGAAGCAAGACGACAUCGGACGAGACUGUUUGUUGUAUUUCUAUUGGCAAGGAAAGGAUUGCACGGUAGCUGAUAAGGGUACAGCUGCUUUGAUGAUGUCAGAGAUAGACUCAGAUGAAGGUCCUCAAAUGCUGGUGACCCAGGGCCAAGAACCUCCAGCUUUCUUUCAGUUGUUCGAUGAUGGCAUGGUUGUAAACCUUGGAAGACAUUCCGAAGAUUCGAAAUUCAAAAACACGAGGAUGUAUUUCAUCAGAAAUGACGAUGAAGGGGAGGCAUGCAUGGUCGAAAUACCUGUGACGUCGGCCAAUCUAAGAUCAAGAGGGUCUAUUAUUUUGUGCGAUCCACCAGAAAAGACGAUAUAUCUAUGGCAUGGUGUCAAAGCUACUGAAGACAUGCAAGAUCGAGGCGUCAAAUGUGCCAAAGGCUUCAGAGACAGAAUAAAAACCUUAUAUCAAAAGAAAUUUAAAAUUAAAGAGAUGUUGGAAGGUGAAGAAGAGGACACCUUCUGGGACGCUCUUGGUGACGAUGAAGACUAUGUGUCAUAUUUAGGAGUCAAGAAAGAGUUCGAUUUUACGCCAAGAUGCUUCAAUUUCGCCAGUAUGCACAACCAAUUCGUUGCAACUGAGAUCACGAGCUCAACACACUUGCCAACGGCCAUCACCCCAUUCCCAUUACUGCAAGAAGUGUUGUUUACUGCACCUCAGCCUGCAUUGUUCCUCAUCGAUGCGAAAUACAAGAUGUUUUUAUGGCAAGGAUGGUGGCCUAUAAGUGACGAAGAACAUGAAGAGGAGGUCGGCCCCACAACAGCUGCAGAAAAGCACAGGUUUGAUGUCAGUAGGAGGUUGGCUAUGGAAACGAUUGCAUCAUACGCAGAUGCUGUUGGACGUCCAAUUUCAAAGGCCUAUAUUAUAUACGCUGGCCUGGAAACAUUAGAAUUCAAAAAUCUGUUCCCACAUUGGGAGGAUGAGGAGGAAAUAGCUGAUCUUAUGCGAAAGGCUGGAAAGAGAAAGAGUGGUCGUCUAAAGCUGGAGGAUGAAUUAGCUAAAUUACAAAAGAAUUCCUAUACUCUGGAGCAGUUAAUGGAGCGACCACUACCAGAAGGAGUAGACCCAACUAGAAUUGAACAAUAUUUACACAAUGACGAGUUCACGGGAAUGUUCAAAAUGACGAAAGAAGAGUUCAAUAAAUUGCCUAAAUGGAAACAGAUACAGCUCAGAAAAGAAAACAGUUUUUUCUAGUCUUUUUGAAGCUUAACGAGCCUUUUGUCAAAAAUAUUAUUACUUCAGCUGAUGUGUUUUAUGUAAUUUGUGUCAAAACAGUUGUCCAGCUUAAUUUUGGUUUCGUUUACAAAAUUUUGUGAAAAACAGUUAAUUUUGAAGAAUUGUCACCAUUUUCCAUUAUCUCAAAGUUUUGAAGGUAGUAGGUAAGUCAUAAGUUUUGUCAAAGGAAAAUUUAAGUCAUCGGUCAGAAGGUCACGUGAUAGGAUGCUCCUAAUUUUAUUCAAUACAAACACAAUUUUCCCUAAUUUUAGUAAAGAGACCCAAGGGCCAUAUAAAAGUUAAAUAGUAAAGGAUUAUCACCAAUUAACAAUUUCGUGGAUUUUAUAGACAAACACGCUUAGAAAUUUGUUAUGAUUGCGUGGCGAACUUAAUACAAAACCAGUUUAUUUUAGUUGUAAGACUUAGUUUAAUUUCUUUGCAAAGUUCUUUUUAAAAUUAGAAUUUUCAUCAUUGUAAUAUCAAUUAAAUGCAUCAUUGUGUAGUUUUUCUCAAUCUGAAAUGUAUCAAUGUAAAUUAUUUAAAAAAACACAUAUGCGUAGAUGCGAAAAGUAUUUAAAAUUUUCAAAUCUGUAUGGUUGAAUGUUCGCUGCUUCGUAAAAUAAUUUUCCUUUUAUUCCACUCACUAAAAUAAUUUGUUACAAACAGCUAACAUUUUAGUUUUAAUGAUUGCUGACUUGUUUCUUAGUUGUAUGGUGUUUUUAAUGUUUCAACAUUCACCAGUGUAUUUAAUGAUAUAAAAAUAUGAUCCUGCUUGCUCAUUCUUAUAUAUGUAAUUUGAUAUGAAUUAAUGUUAACACCCCCUCGUGCUUAGGCAAUUAGGAAACUGAGCUGACUGCGAAUGCAGUGCACCCUACCAAACCCCCUGCUACAUCAUCUGUUCCCAUUAAUGGCUUUUUAUAAUGGUACUAGGAACGGUGGUAGUUGAAUACACCUCUGUUUUAUUGCAAUGUCUGCUGACUUGAAACGAGGUUGCUAACGUGUACAGCCUCAGUAUCAGAUAGCUAUUCUUGUGCCUAACUUGCAGCGACAUGUUAUAAGUCACGGAAAUAGGCUACAUUGUUUCCAUAAAGGGUUUCAGAAACUAUUAACCAAUGCUAUUAAAAAUUUCCAACGUUUGAGAUAUGUUACACUCAUUUCCUUAAGAAUCAAAAAAGGUCCUAAUAACUGCAACGCUAAAUUUGCUGGGCUAUGUGAACAUUAAGGCAAGUCCAAUGUUGUUUGAAGAAACUAGUAACAUGGUACAUCCCCAUUCAAUAUGUCACACCCCUAUCCACAGCCCUGUCGAAUUUCUCGAUUUUUACGAAGUUUAUGUUGUUCAAUCUGAUCUUUUUUCAGCUAUCUUAAAUACUACAGAUUGGACCCCAAUGCCCUUUUAAAGCCUUUGCCCCUGUAUCAAACCCUGCGUUUCAGGUCUGUUAUAGGGGCUUCUCAUCUUAAAACCUUUAAAUGCCAUUCGUAUUGCCCAGAAUAAUUCCAUUUUAUCAAUCACACUGCUCAUUAAGUUCUUUCUUUCUACCAACCCCAAAGCGCCACUAAUAGUAAAGUAUGUCCCCACUCCAGUGGCAUGCAUACGUUGCAAAACCUCAGAAGCUUUAGGGCAGAGCCCUAGGAAAAUUAUCUGAAACAACGCCGUACAAAUUCGCUGAAAGAGGUCAACCACCUUGUGAAUAUAUGAAACUUAACUUAUAUUAAUUGCAGUCAAGCCCCUUUCAAUGACUUCAAAAUGUGAUGAAUAUGCAUACCCUUAACCCCAACAAUUUCUUUGCGUUUUUAGAAAAUAUCAACUGGCUAGUGGGGACCUGUCUCACUCGUAUAAAAAGUCCUUCCAUAGAUAAGAGUUCUCUCAGAUCCUUUCUCAUACUUUUAAUAAUACUCUUCCUGUAAGCAGAAAAUGAUGAAAAUCGAAUUUAUUAAUGCAUGGAAUUUCCUCAGUUUUUUGUAUUUAUUUCAAUUUGUUAAUGAGCUGUAUGUUGCAUACGA